AUGGACGAAGAUGAAAUGGCUAAAGAUAACAAUGACUUUUUACAAUUCAGAUUAAGGGGAAGAGGAAUGUUUAGUGGUGGGCCAAAUAGCCCAGAUAACAAAAACUUUUAUAAUGAAAGUAAGAAUGAGAAUGAGAUAUUGGAUUCAAAAGUAGAUCUAGAGUCACAGUAUUCAUUAUACAAGAUUAUUCAAGAAUGCUCACUAGAGGAAUUAGCCUACUUUCAGGAGUGGGAUGUAAUAUUUUCGGAUUGGGUAGAGUUUCUGCAUUCAAGGAGCCAUGUAGCCGGUCUUAUUAAUUAUAUUUUGGGUGUGUUGGAAAAUUUAACACGAAAAAUUGAGCAAGAAUGCAUUUCUGAUACUGAAAGUUUUGGAGAAAUUAUUAUUGAAAAAAUAUUGUCAAAUAUGUUGUGUAAACAUUUAAUAACCAGCAAAUCUAACGACUCCGAAAAUUCUGGAAGGAUUAUUUUAAAUACAAAUAUGAUAUAUGAGCUCAUUUUACAUUUGAGUGAUUCAUGUGUCAAAACUUAUUCAGAAACGAUGAAAUGUAUUCAAAAGAUUAUACAUUUUUCACAGCUUGAGUUAAGUAGUGGAGAUUUCACUUCUUUAUCUAAAAACAAUGCCUCGGGAAAAUCGCGAGAGUACUUAAUUGAUGGGUUAAUUAUGCAAUUAUGUAAGUUAGUUCAACACCAAAGUUCUAUAAUUAGAAUUGAAGUCGUUGGAAUUUUAAUUUAUGCUAUUUUGGCGGUGCCAAUGUCAUCAAAAUAUCCAUACAAUCCAACUAGAAUCGUCCAAGCCCUAGUUUGGUCUAUUUAUGAUGAUGAGGAGGAGGUAGUUUAUCGUUCAAUUGAUGGUUUGAGAGUUUACUUAUCUGUAGUAGGCAACGAGUAUUUUAAUACUGUUAUCAACUUGGCAGUAGAAGCAAUUCCAAAAGAAAGAAAGCAAAAUUCUGUAUUCAAUCCAUUAAGAAUGCUUCAUCAAAGAAUUAUGGAAAAUGCUCAACUACCAGAUAUUGAGGAUGGCUCAAUAACUUUUGCAGACUUUAACCUUUCUUAUCCAGAACAUAUUUCCAACGAUCUGGAAUAUAAAAUUGACGCAAAAAUCACUAGAGCAAACCAAACUUCUGAGAACACUCAUUCUGGUAACAAUAGCAAGGUUUCUAAAUUAAAACAAAGUGGUAAAGAGGUAAAAAUUGAUCAGACUAAUAACAAAUCAAAGAUUAAAAAUAAUCCUAAGCCUCAGCUAAGUAUUAAGAGAAAAGAAAAUAGUAAUUCAGAAGAUGAGAACGGUGUCGGAGAUUUUCCGGAGGCAUACUCAUUGAAUAAUGAGCGUCUGGAGGUUAUUACAAAAACUGCUGUUGAUUUCUUAAUGAAUAAUGAGCUUUACAUUGAAAACUGGAAUCGUGUUGUUGAGGAAAUUACUAAUUUGAGAAGAAUCAUUAUAUACCACUCACUAUUUUUAACAAAAGCUAGCAAUUCACGUUCUCCCUGUACAAAAAACGUGAUCUCACCCACAAUAGUUGGGGAAAGUAUUGCUAAAUGGAUUUGCUCGCUCAGAUCUUGUGUUAGCAAGAGUGCAAUGCAAGGAAUAGAAGACCUAUAUCUGCAUUGUGGAUCGUCCCUAGAUCUGGGUAAGUUACUAGACAUCUGUCUAGAAAAAAUUUUAAAACGUACAAAUGACAGAAACAAAUUCAUUGCAAAUGAUGCAACAAAAACUUUGAUAGCAAUUUGCUCGAUUAAAGCAGGUGAUAAAUUACUAGGAAAGUUAAUUAAUCAUGGAUCGAAGAACAGAAGUACAAUUGUUAUUUAUAAUACUCUCAAAGCUACUGCAAUUGUAUUGGAAAAAAUAGGGACAAACAUUGCAAAAUGUAGCAACUUGCUCGCAUGUCUAGAAUUUAUACACGGAAACAUUAAUGGUCCCACUCCUGAUAUUAGAACAUAUUCAAAAGUGUGUAUUAAGAUCAUUCUAAGCAAUGCUGAUUGGAAAUGCAUUGCCCAGUUCCUACGAAAAUCGGUUGCUCCAUUUAAGCUAGCAAGAAUGCAUAAAGACUUUGAAAAUGCAGUGCAAGGAUCCAGAAAGCAAGUCUAA